ACAACCCCAAGGUCAUCCCCGUGCACUGCAUGAAUCAUUGUCUGCAGCUAGCUGUAUCAAAGGCCUUCGGAAGUGUCAGAGAAAUAGACAACAUUGAUGAGUUACUGAUAGGUCUGUGGAAGUACUACCACUACAGUACAGUUAAAUCAGGGAGUUUGAAUGCAAUACAGGACUUAAUGCGUGAAAUGGGAACAUCUGAGUCUGACAACAAUCUAACAGUGAAAAAAGCUGUCCACACCCGCUGGCUCAGCCAUGAAAAUGCACUCCAAAGCAUAAGGAAACUGUACUCUCCUAUCUGCCAAGACCUAGAAGAUGCUGUUGCCACUGGAUGAGACAAAAAGUUGGGUGAAAAAUCAGAUCCCUCAGCAGCUGGACUGCUAAAACUGAUGAAGCAGUAUGAGAAAUUAUAUUACAUUCUUCUCUUGUGUGACAUGUGUGCUACCCUGGCCCGUCUGACCCUACUGUUUGAACAGGAAAAUGUUGACUUGUCAUGUGUGUAUCCCCAAGUUCACUCAACGAUCCAUAACAUUGAGAAAAUGAAAAGGCACCCAGGACCCUACCUUUCCAAAGUAGAAAACAUGGCAGCUUCACUCGGUAUAGAGAAGAGAAAUGAAGAGAAGGUGAAGGAAGUCAGAGAUAAGUUCAUUGUGUCCCUAACUGACCAUCUGGAGGAACGCCUAGAACAUAUAGAGGUUGUGUCAGCCUUAUCCGUCCUUGACCUUAGCCGAGUUCCUGCAAACCAGUGUACUUUCCAUGGUGACAUUGAGAUCUCCCAACUGUCCAAUCAUCUCCAACUUCCUGAAGACGACGUCUUGUUUGAGUGGAAUGAUCUGAAGGAGAAGUUCAACCCUGUGCUGUCCUCAUGCACUCGCAAGUUCAUGCUGGAAAAACUCCAUGAAACAAAGGAAACCACUGGUAUCAUCAAUCCCCUGAUGAACAAGCUUCUCUCCAUCCAUCAAACGCUCAUCCUAUCCACUGCCCCAGUAGAGCGUGUCUUCUCACAGGUUAAACUCAUAGUGACGGAACAUAGAAACUCUUAA